AAGCACCUCGUCCAUAAACCGCGCCCAGUCGCCCGUAUCCCCCCGUACCAGCGCUUGCUGAGUGCUUAUUGCCAGCAUGAGCACCAUAUACAACUUAGAGCCGAAUCCAACCGCGAAAGUCCUCCUCCAAACUACCGCCGGUGACCUCGAACUCGAGCUAUUCGCGAAGCAGACGCCCAAGGCUUCGCGCAAUUUCCUGCAACUAUGCCUCGAUGGCUACUACGACAAUACCAUCUUUCAUCGCUUGGUGAAAGGCUUUAUAAUACAAGGUGGUGACCCCACAGGCACUGGACAAGGCGGAGAGAGCAGCUACGAUGGAGAACCCUUUGAGGAUGAGUUCCACAGCCGCCUCAAGUUCAAUAGACGAGGGCUGCUGGGCAUGGCGAACACGGGCAAACCCAAUGAUAAUGGGAGCCAGUUCUUCUUCACUCUGGGAAGUACGCCGGAGUUGAACGGCAAGAACACAAUGUUUGGCAGAGUGGCAGGCGAUACCAUCUACAAUCUGAUGAAGAUGGCCGAGGCUGAGAUUGCCAAGGGAAGUGAGGAAAGACCGCUGUACCCCACGAAGAUUACUGGAGCGGAAAUCAUCAUAAAUCCGUUCCAGGACAUGGUCAAAAGAGUACGGAUUGCCGAGCGAACGGUACCUGAGCUAAAGAAGGUCAAAAAACCGAAAAGGAAGGCUGACAAGGCCUUAUUGAGCUUUGGUGUUGACGAAGCCGAGGAAGGUGCACCGCCGCCUGUGGCGAAGAAGGUGAAGUACAACGCAGCGCUGGUUAGUGCUGAGGGUGAACACCCCUCCAAGGUCAGCACAAAACCAUCAGCAAGCGUUCCGGCAGAGAAAACCAUCCCCAUCCGAAAACCAGCGCGUCCGUCGCCUCCCGCCGCGCAAUCCCCUGAGCGUAAAGCCGACGCAUCGGUGACGGAAAGACCAGAACCAGCAUCUCAAACCCCCAGAGAACCAUCACCUCAACAGACAAAACUCGACCGCAUCAACGCGCAGAUUGCAGCUGUGAAGGCUUCCAUGAAGCGCACCACUCCAGCUCAAACCGCUGAGACGACCAAGAAGAAGUCGUUACUAGAAUCCAUGGUUCCCCCCGGCACCAUGCGCGGUCGCAAGCGAGGCGCGGGUGCAAACGAUGCCGCAUCAGAAAAGUCCGCGCUAGACAUUCUCUCUCAGUUCAAGUCAAAGCUGGAAGCUGCCGCCCCUUCUCUAAACUCAAAGUCUCCCGAUGUCCCGACAGAUAUGGCAGUGCGCGAUGCUAGCAACGGAGAAGUGAAUAGCGCCCGUCCGAUCACAGAUGAAGAGGAGGUCCCCUGCGAUCUUCAUUUUAUCGUUGGCUGCCAGUCAUGUACGGCUUGGGACAAAGAGGAUCAUGCAGAGUCCGAUGAUGACGCCGGUUGGAUGUCGCAUUCUCUGUCGUUCGCCAAGGACAGGCUUGGCAAGGACUUGGAGUGGAAACGCAAGAAUGAAGAAGAGCUGCUUGUGAUAGAUCCGCGAGAAAGGGCUCAGGAAAUCAAGACAGAGGGACGAGCCAAAAGAGAUUGGGACGAUGGCAAGGAUAAGCGGACGAAGAAGGGCUUUAAUGUCAGCAGGGGAUAGCAUACUGUCGCUUUUCACGUCCGAGUGAACACAACCAUGCGCACAAGGGCUAUUGAUCUUCUAAUUGGCUCCUCCUGCUUCUUGACAGCCCCUCCAUCUAGGUGUAUCAGCCUUAAAAUGCCGUGCUCUACAGUAGU